AUGCCCAGCCCAUAUAACGAUAAAAGAACGGUAGCUAAGCUUGUUAGUGAUUUAGAGAAGGCAGAAAAGCUGUCCGGUAGAGGCAAAGCUUACAAAAGAGUUUGCAAUUUGUCACAUAGUACUAAGAAAGUGGUUUCAUGGAAAUUCAAUGAGUGGGAUUAUGGUAAAAAUAACAUCACUUUGCCAUGUAAUGCUAGAGGUUUAUUCAUUAGUGAUGAUGCAACAAAUCCUGUUAUUGUUGCUAGAGGGUAUGACAAAUUUUUCAACGUGGGUGAGGUCAACUUCACCAAGUGGCAGUGGAUAGAAGAAAAUUGUACUGGUCCUUACGAUGUCACUAUAAAGGCCAACGGCUGUAUUAUUUUCAUUUCUGGUUUGGAAGAUGGAACAUUAGUAGUUUGUUCGAAGCACUCUACCGGACCCAGAGAAGAUGUGGACAGAAACCAUGCAGAAGCAGGUGAGAAGCAACUUUUAAAGCAAUUGACAGAGAGGAGCAUCGAUCCUAGUGAUUUUGCCAGAAUGCUGUAUACCUAUAACAUCACUGCUGUGACAGAAUAUUGCGAUGAUUCAUUUGAAGAACAUAUCUUAGAGUAUCCCCUUGAGAAAGCUGGUUUAUACUUACAUGGUGUAAAUGUUAAUGAAGCAGAAUUUGAAACUUGGAGUAUGAAAGAUGUUUCACAAUUGGCGUACAAAUACGGAUUUAAGCACACCCAAUCUUUCACCUUGAACACCCUGAAGGAUUUGAAAGAAUUCUUAGAAAACUGUUCCACAAGUGGAUCUUUCCAAGGACAAGAAAUUGAAGGUUUUGUUAUCAGGUGUCACUUAGAGAAUACUGGGAAACCGUUCUUUUUUAAGUUCAAAUUUGAAGAACCAUAUCUAAUGUACCGUCAAUGGAGAGAAGUUACCAAAGACUAUAUAUCCAAGAAAUCAAGAUUGUUUAAGUUUAAGAAACAUAAAUUUAUCACCAACAAGUAUCUUGAUUUCAUAAUCCCAAUAUUAGAAUCAUCACCCAAGAUCUGCGAGGAUUACAUGAAAGGCUUUGGAGUGAUUGAGUUAAGAAAUAAAUUUUUACAAUCUUACGGUAUGAGCGGGCUGGAAAUCCUUAACCAUGAAAAGGUCGUCGAACUGGAAUUAAGAAAUGCCAUUGAUUAUGAAAAAGUUGACGAACACACCAAAUUUUUAAUUUUCCCCAUAUCAGUUAUAGGAUGUGGCAAAACAACCACAUCUCAGACGUUGGUCAACCUGUUCCCCGAAAGCUGGGGUCAUAUUCAGAAUGACGAUAUUACUGGAAAAGAUAAAUCUCAGUUAAUGAAAAAAUCAUUGGAACUAUUAUCUAAAAAAGAAGUGAAAUGUGUCAUAGUUGAUAGAAACAAUCAUCAAUUCCGAGAAAGGCAGCAAUUAUUCGACUGGCUAGAUGAACUAAAAGAAGACUACUUGGCGUAUGAUACGAACAUCAAAGUUAUUGGUGUAUCAUUUGCACCAUAUGACAAACUACCUGAAAUCAAGGACAUAACAAUGCGAAGAGUGAUUAAUAGAGGUAAUAAUCAUCAAAGUAUUAAAUGGGAUGAAUUAGGAGAGAAAAAAGUGGUGGGUAUCAUGAGUGGUUUUUUGAAAAGAUAUCAACCAGUUAGCUUAAGAAGAUCACCAGAUAACAUGUUUGAUUUAAUGGUAGAAUUAGAUUUCGGGGAGGUAGAUUCUUCGUUAACUAAUGCGAAACAAAUUCUGAGUGAAAUUCAUAAGGCUUACCCAAUUUUGAUACCUGAAAUCCCAAAAGACGAUGAAAUUGAUGCAUCGUUCAGAAAAAGCUUAGACUACAAACCCACAGUGCAAAAAAGGGUUGGUAAAAGCAACUGCAACCAACCAAAAACACCUAAAUUGAUUAAACCCACUUAUAUCUCGGCGAAAAUAGAAAGCUAUGAUGAAAUUAUUGAUUUGGCAAGGCAGGGAAUUGCAAAUAUUGCAGAGUUAUCACAGCAAUUUGAAGAUUUAUUGACAAGUGGAAAGUUCCAGAAUGAACUUCACAUAACAUUGGGUCACGUCAUGUCGUCCCGUGAAAAGGAGGGGAAAAGGAUGUGGAAAUCAUUUUGUAAGAGAUACACUGACCAGAUAACGAAAUACAAUGACCGCCUCAUAGAAAAUACAGCGGGCACAAGUAUCAACCAAGGUAAAUCGGUGGAAACUACUGACAAAUUGAAAUUCAGGUUGAAAAAACUAUGUUGGGAUCAGAAAAUCAUUGCUAUCGUGGUAGAACUAUCCGGGGGCGAAGGUGGGUGCAUAAUCGACUCGAACGGUGACAAUGUCAAAGAAUUAUAUUGCCAGAACAAAGUCCCCCAUAUUACAUUGUGUAAGCUUGGUAGUGAUGUCAAGGCUGUUUAUUCCAAUGUCCUAUGCGAAAAGGUUGAACUCAAUGAGAUUGAUGAAAGGGUAAAAGUUGUGAAAUUAAAUAAUGCAAAGGAAUUUGCUGCUCAUGUGUAUUUAAACAUGUAG